CUAGCUCAAGCCCCGCCCCGCGCCCCUCCCGGCUCCCGUCCGGCCGCGGCCAUGGCGGAGCCCGGCGGGAGCCGUCCCGUCACCGUCAGCGAUGUGCAGCAGCUGGUGCGGCGCAAGGACGAGAUCGAAGCGCAGAUCAAGGCUUGCUACGAGCUGCUGGAGGGGCAAAAGGGCGUCGGGAUGCACGAGCCGCUGGUGGACGCCGAGGGCUUCCCUCGCUCAGAUAUCGACCUGUACCAAGUGCGCACCGCCCGGCACAACAUCAUCUGUUUGCAGAACGAUCACAAGGCUCUGAUGAAGCAGGUGGAGGAAGCUCUGCACAAGCUGCACGCCCGGGAGAAGGAGAAACAGGCCAAGGAUGAGGCAGAGGCCUUGGCCGAGGCCAUGAGCCAGAACCAGAGCCUGCCCCAGCCCUUUGCCAAAGUGAACGCUGUCACCCCGGGCUCUCCCGCCAGUGUCUCGGGACUUCAAAUUGAUGAUGAGAUUGUGGAGUUUGGAUCUGUCAAUGUAAACAACUUCCAGAACCUGCAGAACAUCGCCACGGUGGUGCAGCACAGCGAGGGGAGACCCCUGAGYGUGACUGUGAUCCGUGGUGGCAGAAGGGUGCACGUGGGGCUGACUCCGAAGCGCUGGGCUGGGAAGGGCCUYCUGGGCUGCAAUAUCAUUCCCUUACAAAGAUGACCAUGGCUUGGAGAGCAAUAAAGCUGGAGGUUGUGCCUGCUUUCUGGACUUUGAUCUGGUUUGAAAACUUCCCUGUGUUGUUGCUGUGACCUCUGGUGCCUGAAGGAUUCUGGCAGAGCAGGGCCUGCCUGCAGUUCAGAAUUGAAUUGCCCCAGUUUUCAGGAGGAACGUGCAGAGCUGCAAGAUGUGACUUCUCAUCUCUUCGAUCUUGUAUCAAUUUAGAAUAAAGUUCUAGAAAGACUCAAAUCUCACGUGAUACAGGCUCCAAAGAACUUGAAAUGCUCUUAUGUGGUGAUAAUAGAACAUUCAUUUUUUCUCCCCUUUAAAACCCAUCACUGAACAUUAUGUAAUACAUGCUAAAAAGUCCUAAAGCACUUUUCYAUGGUUGUCAUAGUAGAUGACAGGCAAGACGUAUGCAAGUUUGAUAUUUCAUCUUCCCCACAUUGCCACAACUUUUAAAGUCACUGAACAUACUGAGAGGAUUUUAGRAAUGCCCAGUUAUUUUAAGACAACGAGGUAAGGAAUAGGGGUUUUAAUUCUACUUUGGAUAACUUUUAGUAGUUCAUGUAGUCAUGAUAAAAGUACUCCUAAUCUGGGUCCUCUCUUUUUCUUUUAGUUUUCUAAAAUUUGUUUAUUCAUGCAAGUUGGUUUUGGGUGUUUUCCUGGUUCCAUCCAGGGCAGGGUUUACCUUUUUCUGCCUCCCAGUCUUCUCUCCAUCCCGCUGCAGGGGCACAUGAUCUGGGGUGUUUUCAGUGGGAACAAUAAAACUGGGGGAUACCAUUCCUAAACCACAACAGCUGCAUAAACUGUUUGAGGGGAUUCCAGGGAUGACUGGUUUGUUUGAAGCUUAUUUCCAUUUGAACUUCAAAAUACACUCCCAAAACAAUAAAAUGGAAUAUUGCCUCUCUCUC